AUGGCGGGCUUUGAUUGCUGUUCCAUAUUCAACUAUCUGAUUAUUUAUCGACACAAACCGAUUGCUCUCAAUGAAUCGUCGUUCGAGCUGAACGGACGUACUUUUUUUAACUCACAGCUUUAUUGCUUUAUAUAACUUUAUAUUACUAUUAGCAAUGUCUAAAAAUGCAGAUAUUAAACGUUUAAAGGAAGAGAAUGAAGAUUUGAAGAUUCAAAUUGAAAAAUUGGUGGUAAAAAAGUAGAUAAUUUAAGUCAAAAUGUCUUGUCGACGAAAGAAGCGAGCAGUGCUAAUGGCCAAUCAGGCGAGCAAGAAGAACCUUUGUCAUCUGAGAAAAAGAAAUCAGUUGAAUUCCUCAGUAAUCAGUAUGAUCAAGUCCUGAAGGAACUUGACCAGAUAAAAGCUGAAAUAAAAGAAGUAUCGAAGAAGUAUACAGAAAUUUCAAAUGUUAUAGCGGCGAUAGAAGACUAUAGCUUCAAUUACAAUGUGAAAAUAGUUGGUAUGCCUGUAGUCAGCGAGUAUGAAAAAGCUGACGAAACAGUUGAGAUUUGCAUACAUCUAUUUACAGCUCUAGGUGUAAAAGAUAUUUCUCCCUAUGAUAUUGAUAUUGCCCACCGGGUACCAACGAGAAGAAAUUUCCCAAACAAACCUAAUCCAAUCAUUUGUAAAUUUACCAGACGAAUUUCAAAGGAAAAGGUUAUGGCUGCAUGA